AUGGUGGAAGCGACCGAUAAUUUGUACGAGUACUACAAGCCCAACAAGAUUGUGGCCAUUGUUUUCGCGGCCUUUUUCCUUUCGACAUCGAUCUUACAUGCUUGGAAAAUUUUCACCACGCGACAAUGGUUCGGCAUUGCUAUUAUCCUCGGAGGACUGUUCGAGUUUGUGGGUCUCCUAGCGCGAGCUUAUGGACAUGAUCACUUGGACAAACUACCCCCAUACAUUAUUCAGAUGGUCCUGAUUCUCCUGGCGCCAAUUCUUUACGCUGCCGCCGUAUAUAUGUUUUUUGGACGUUUGGUUGUCGCGUCUGGACAUCCCAAGCUCUCGCUGAUCCGCGUCAACUGGGAAACCAAGAUCUUUGUUAUCGGCGAUAUCCUCUGUUUCCUGGUCCAAGCCUUUGGAGCUGUCAGCCUUGCCAACCUAGUCAAUUCUACCUCCAGUGACACCGCGCACAAAGUCAAUGUCGCGAAAAACGUCAUCCUCGCUGGUCUCGCACUGCAGGUGAUCCUUUUCUUGGUCUUCCUCGUGUCGGCUAUAAUUUUCCAUGUGCGAGUCUCGAAGCGUCACAUUGCCAAGUCGAUCGAUCCAACCCUGCGUCUGCAGCUGAUGAUAUUUUCCAUCUACAUUACUGGUGUUCUCAUCACAGGCCGAAACAUCUAUCGUCUUAUUGAGUACAAGAGUGGAAAUGGCGGCUACCUCCAGGAGAACGAAUGGCCGCAGUAUGGCUUGGAUGUCGGUCUGAUGGCAAUUUACAUGGUUGUCACCUUCUUCUGGUACUUUGCGGACACCAAGGCACGCGCAAACAACCCUAGCAAAUAUGGUCGUCUCCCCGACGACCAGGCCACCUGGUCAGGAAACGUCAACGACGACAGCUUCCCUCUCAAUCACCCCAACGCCUAUGAAUCUGGCUAUGCCAAUGGCCCCCAUCUGCCGCCUCCUACUCCCCAGGUCCCCGGAUACAACAAUACGGCAUAUAACCCUGCAUAUGACCAUAAUAACCCUUCAUAUACCCAUGCCUGA